GGAACGAGUGCAGGAUGACUUCCCAAGUGCACCAGAACUACCACCAGGAAUGCGAAGCCAGCAUCAACCGGCAGAUCAACAUGGAGCUCUAUGCCUCCUAUGUCUAUCUGUCCAUGUUUGCCUACUUCGAUCGGGAUGAUGUGACAUUGAAUAACUUUGCCAAGUUUUUCCAGGAUUUGUCUCACAAGGAGUGGGAGCAUGUGGAGAAGCUGAUCAAAUUCCAGAGCCAGCGUGGGGGACAUGUUAUCCUCCAGGACGUCGUGAAACCUGACCGGGACGAUUGGAGCAAUGGGCUGGAGGCUCUGCAGUGCGCCCUUCACAUGGAGAAGGUCGUCAACCAGUCUCUCGUGGACAUUCACAAGCUGGCUUCCGACAUGACUGACCCUCACAUGUGCGACUUCCUGGAGACUCAGUCCUUGGAUGAGCAGAUCAAGGCCAUCAUUAAGCUUGGUGACAUGAUUACCAAUCUGACCCGCAUUGGAGCCCCUCAGAGUGGCAUGGCCGAGUAUCUGUUUGACAAGCUUACACUGGGAGAGAGCAGCGAAAAUACCAAACCUCAGGGAAACUAAGCCUGUCCUUUCAUCUCCAGUACUCUUCAUUGCAUUUCUUUUGAUAGAUUUCUCUUUUAAAUCGUGUCUUCUUUUGGACCGUCAUUUUAAACUCUUAGUUUAGUUUAGUUUUGAGAUAUAGUGUGGAAGCAAGCCCUUCAGUCCACCGAAUUUACGCCGAUCAGCCAUCACCCCGUACACUAACAUUAUCCUACACACUAAGGACAAUUUUACAAUUUCACUCCUGCCAUCCAGAGGAAGGUACAGGAGUCUGAAAACCUGAGGAUUUGUGGCUAAAAAAAUAUUUGUGUGGCACAGCGGUAGAGUUGCUGCCUUACGGCACCAGAAACCUGGGUUUGAUCCUGACUACGGGUGCUGUCUGUACGGAAUUUAUACUUUCUCCUUUUCCUGUGGGUUUUCUCCAAGACCUCCGGUUUCCUCCCAUACUUCAAAGACGUACAGGUUUGUAGGUUAAUUGGUUUGGUAUUAAUGUAAAUUGUCGCUGGUGUGUGUAGGAGAAUAGUCUUAAUGUCUUAAUAGUCUUGCUGGGUCAGUGUGGAUUUCGUUGGGACGAAGGGUCAGUCUCCACGCUGUAACUCUAAACUAAACUAAAACAUCGUGAUCGGCAUGGGCAAGUUGGGCAAAGGCUUUAUUUCCAUGUUCUAUGAUUGUAUGAUUCUACAACCUAAUGGCAUUAAGAAAACAUGACAAAUUAAACACAAAGGUGAAAUAUAAAGAGAAAAACUGAAAAACUCUUGGCAAAAAGGUGAAAGAGUAUUUUUCUAAGGAGAAACAAUAUAUAGUAAUUAGCUUUUUGUCUGUUUCUGAUAUAAAAACAAAUUGUCAAGUUGUUUAUAUCCUGCCAAGCCCCAAUUAAAAAGCUUGGCAUUUCUGUAAUGGUUUAACAAGGAUCCUAUCUCUCCGAAUAACGGACCCCACCCGAAACGUUGGUAGUCUAUUUCCCAUCCAUCCUCCCCGAUGCUACAGAAUCUUCCCUUCCUCCAGAAGAUUCGUUUUUUAAUUCCUCAUUUUAUGUUGUUGAACUUUAAAAUAUUUUGUGUGUUUAAUGUCAAUUAAAAACAGUAAAUUGUA